CGCGUGCGCACAAACCCGCCGAUCCGAUUGGCCGUCAGCUUGUGUUAUGUCAGAACAAAAACAAUAAACACAACUUUUGUGUGGUUCUGUGUAUGACUUGUGUUUAUGUUCGCGAAAUUCCCGAUUAGAAAGCAAAUACCGUGUGACAUCUUCUCGAAGAAGUAAACGUCGUUCGAAAUGGACCCGUUCAUGGAGGGCAAGAAGAGAGACCUCGAGAUAAUCUACAAUUUGCAGUGGAAAGAUCAGCCUGCAAAUGGCGGUGAGAAAGCGAAUAUCAUCGGAAUGUACGACAUUCCUGCAACGACACUCACCUGGGACGUCUUCAAGUCCUACCUGCUGAAAAACUCUGGCACCCCCUUAGACGAUGUAAAAGUGAUGUAUGUUACAUCCAACAACCACGAGUUCCCCAUAGAGUCCCAGACGGACUUUCAGAUAGCCCUGUACGCGUUUAGACGCAAAGCCAGGAUGAACGAGAUCAUAACUUUGAAGCUCGAUGGGGUGCCAAAACAGCAAAAGAAAAAAAACAAGAGGCAGUCCAUUGAUGUGGAGACUCAGUUCGAUGAAAUCGACUCCACAGGCAAAUCGCCUGAAAAUCUGCUCGACGCUCCUCCGCAAUGGUUUUUGGCUUAUAUGUCACAGUUUAAAGAAGAAAUGUCCAACGAGGUGAAGGAAGUGGUCGCAACAACAGUUGCAGGUAUCAAGCAACCGGCACCUGUUGCACAGCACAACUGUUCUUGCUACCACUCCAGGAAAAACAAAGUGGACCCGAAGAGAUUGCGCAAAGUCAGAUUGGACGAGUCUCAACGUCAAACUAACGAAAAAGAGCUGAUAAAAUCGUUGAAACUGGAGCGGAAGUUGGAAAACAAGCUGGAAUAUCUGGAGAGCAAGACCAACAAGAUCAGGGCCAAGAAGUUGGCGCUGUUCACGAAAUCCACCAGCGACAGCGACGUGGGGCCGAGCACCAGCAAGCCCCGGCCCAAGACGAACCCGGUGGAGACUUUUUACCAGAUGGACGCUGCAGUCAUCGAACAGGUCGAUGGGCACGAGCCCGUCUUUCACGGCGGCGAGGUUUACAUGCACAAGUGGAAAAUCGUCAACACCGGAAGCAACGAGUGGACGGCCGAUACUAACCUUCAGUACACAUGGGGGUCUAAAUAUUUGCGUCCAAUUAACCAUUCAGUUCCCUGUCCAAAGUUGAAGACUGGGGAAGAAGGAACUGUGACUGUUAAAUUACAAAUUCCAAUGGAACAGGGCCGCUACGAGUGCUACUGGCACUUUCACCACAAGGGCCGCCGUUUCGGCCAGUGGCUCGGUUGCCAGAUCAGGGUCGAACCUUUUCGCGACGCCGCCAACAAAAUCGUCGAGAAACAAGACGACGGACAGGCGAACUUGCUGAGUUACGCGGGCGCAACCAUGUCGAGCAGCGUUGCCGUCGAGGGCGACGAGCAGAAGAUCAGCGAGGCUCCGCAAUACUUGAACGCUUUGGACAUGCACGAGGUCUUGAGGCAAAUUAACACCAGGAUGAUGCCGAUGAGCUUGAACCCUACGGACGAGAACUGCAGCUCGGAUUCGGACAACCAGAGCGUCAAGUCGACGUCCGACGACGGCCGAAACGUCGCGGCAAAGCUGUCGGACGAGUUCGUGGUGGUGCCGAGCGCGCCCGAAGUGCGAGAUCUCGCGAACGAGUCCGGACCUGCGCACUCGAGCUGCUACCGCAUCGAUUCCAUGGACUUGUUCGAGGCAGGGGCCGAAGACAGACCCUUGGACAAGGUUCACAAGGAAAAACCAACCGAAAAACAUGAUGACAACAACAACACAGAAAAUAGUAGCGUUUGCUCUUGGACUUCGGGCGAGGAUUACGCUAGAAAUUCCAGCAGACAUUCUGACUUGAUUGUUUUUUCGCUGCCGCAGUCCGAAAAAAGCGUCGAAGAAGGAUACGCGUACGUGGAGGUGAACGGGCAGGGGAUGCACAUCCCGAAGAAGAUCCUGAAGGCCGAGUACCUCGAGAAGAGGGAGGGCGAGCCGCUGAAGAGCAAGACGCCGUCCACGAUGAGCGUCUCGUCUUCGGUGGUCGUAGUCAACGAGAAAUCCUGCGACGAGGACACGCAGAACGACGAGAACCUGGAGAUCGAGGAGCGCGCCCCGCUGAACCUGUCGAUAGAUCGCAACGGCGCCGAAAAGGAGGGCAACUGCGACCCCUCGGCCGCGCAGCUCCUCGAGGCUUCCGAUCAGAGUAGGCCCAGCGAACCGUCCGACAUGACUUCGUCGAGGGUUUUUGUUUUUCCGCAGGAACAAGCUGGAUACGAGAUCAGGCCUAAACCGAACGUCUGUCCUUUGACUUUAACAGAGCGGGAGCCCACAACCGAGGCGUACCCACUUGGCCCGCGCAUGGUCUUCCCCUGCGCCGUCUCGGACGAACCGUCUGUCAUCCCGAUCUACACGACGGCGCGCACCGCCCCCAACACCUCGACCUGCGGCAACGGCAACCCGUUCACCGCCCCGCCGCCGCAGUUCGUCGCCAACUACCAGCAGACGCCGCCGGAAGAGCGCAGGGCCCCGACGGCGGCUGACUUCGCCGCCACCCUCGGGGGCGGCGAGCGGCGGCGACCGGAGGCGGUCGGGAGCCCCACCGCCCCGCCUCAGCCGCCGGUGCACAUCUUGCCCGACGCCUUGGUGUCGGGGGCGGUUAAUGUCGCUUCCUCCGCCAUCAACACCGCCAGGUCCGUUAUCAACAUGAUCGUUCCUCCGAGAGAGUCGGGUCAUUGGGUGAACGGUCACUGGGUCUCCGCAAACGCGGACACCCCGCGCGAGGCCAACCUGCGCGCCCUGACCGACAUGGGCUUCUGGGACAGGGACCUGAACGCCUCGCUAUUGGCCCGCUACAACGACGAUCUCAACCGAGUGGUGGCCGAGCUCGUCCAAUAGCUGCUUCGCUCGCGUCGCGCGCGACUCAAUCCCGGCGUCGCCAGUUGAAACCUGGCCUUGAUGUUACGAAAAAUAAAAUAAAUUUAUCCACCUUAGAUUUUGUAGUGACGAGUUUGUCUGUUUUAUGGUUUUCUAGAUCUAGGGAUUUUGUCUUUUUUAGCAGUUGUCGGUAAUAUUUUCGAGUGAUAUGAUCUGUGAUGGCAUGCGGUGGCACCUCGAUAAAGAAUCGUCGCUAGAUCUUAAAAAUAAAAUGGAUGGACUAUUAAUUAGUUGUGGUGUUUAAGGUUAUAUUCUAAUCAUUUUUAUUUCGCACCGUAUGUAGCAGCGCUUCAAGCAUUUAUAUUAGAAUAGUCCGUUUUUCAACACUAAAUUAUCCGAUUCAGUGCAAUAGCGUAGCACACAAAAUUUUCCUUUUAAAAAGACUGGCGGACAUUCUAAUCAGUUAGUCCUUAAUUUCCUUCAAAAAAUUAUCCAUAUAUUUAAACUGGAAUAGGUGUUUAUUGUUAAGAUGUGUAUUUUAUAUAUAAUGUAUUCAUAUAAUAAAAUAUAUUAGUUCUAAAAUUUAACUCUUGUAUUAAUGCCUUAACCCAACCACAAAUAUACUUAAAAAUUACUCAUAACAAAAAA